CCAUGUCCAGAGAGCCCUGACCUACUUGUCUCCCUCCCACUCUCAACCCUCCCAGUCUUGCUCAAACCUCUCCACAUCAUGCCUCAACUUCGGAGCAUUUGAACUCUGAGCAGUGGGUCGCUUUCGCCUCACGCACACCCCACCUAGGCAGGCCCAGUCAAAGGUCCCCUCACAGGGACCACCUUUUUUUCCCUGGGAUCCCGCGCUUCCGCCUCCGGGGCGGAGACUCCUCCCCUAGUAGUUCCAGUUGUGUUCCCUAGAAGAGCAGCCGGGACCGGCAAGAAGCCGGGACCUCCCCCUCGUUCCAGGAACUGCCGCGCAGUGGGCACUUCAGCCCUGGAGGCCUCGAGCCCCACCCGGGUGAAGGCGGCUGCGCGGCUUCAGCACCACGGACAGCGUUCCGUCCGCAGCCCUUGUGUCGGCGAGGCUCCGCGCUAUGCUGGCGGCAUGGCCCGGUGCUCCAACUCUAUGGCGCUGCUGUUCAGCUUUGGCCUCCUUUGGCUGUGUUCAGGGGUUUUGGGUACUGACACAGAGGAGCGGCUGGUGGAGCAUCUCUUGGAUCCUUCCCGCUAUAACAAGCUGAUCCGUCCAGCUACUAACGGCUCUGAGCUGGUGACUGUACAGCUCAUGGUAUCAUUGGCACAGCUCAUCAGUGUGCACGAGCGGGAGCAGAUCAUGACCACCAACGUCUGGCUGACCCAGGAGUGGGAAGAUUAUCGCCUCACAUGGAAGCCUGAGGAUUUCGACAAUAUGAAGAAAGUCCGGCUCCCUUCUAAGCACAUCUGGCUCCCAGAUGUGGUUCUAUACAACAAUGCUGAUGGCAUGUACGAAGUCUCCUUCUAUUCCAAUGCUGUGGUCUCCUAUGAUGGCAGCAUCUUCUGGCUACCGCCUGCCAUCUACAAGAGCGCAUGCAAGAUUGAGGUGAAGCACUUCCCAUUUGACCAGCAGAACUGCACCAUGAAGUUCCGCUCCUGGACCUACGACCGCACUGAGAUUGACCUGGUGCUCAAAAGCGAUGUGGCCAGCCUGGACGACUUCACACCUAGUGGGGAGUGGGACAUCAUCGCACUGCCAGGCCGACGCAAUGAGAACCCAGACGACUCCACCUACGUGGACAUCACCUACGACUUCAUCAUUCGUCGCAAACCGCUCUUCUACACCAUCAACCUCAUCAUUCCCUGCGUACUCAUCACCUCCCUGGCCAUCCUGGUCUUCUACUUGCCCUCAGACUGUGGUGAAAAGAUGACACUUUGUAUUUCUGUGCUGCUGGCGCUCACGGUGUUCCUGCUGCUCAUCUCCAAGAUUGUGCCUCCCACCUCCCUCGAUGUGCCGCUGGUGGGAAAGUACCUCAUGUUCACCAUGGUGCUAGUCACCUUCUCCAUCGUCACUAGCGUGUGUGUGCUCAAUGUGCACCACCGUUCGCCUACCACGCACACCAUGGCGCCCUGGGUCAAGGUGGUCUUCCUGGAGAAGUUGCCCACCCUCCUCUUCCUGCAGCAGCCACGCCACCGCUGUGCACGUCAGCGCCUGCGCUUGCGAAGGCGCCAGCGGGAACGUGAGGGAGCAGGCACACUAUUCUUCCGCGAAGGUCCUGCAGCUGACCCAUGUACCUGCUUUGUCAAUCCCGCAUCAGUACAGGGCUUGGCUGGGGCUUUCCAGGCUGAGCCCGCUGCAGCUGGUCCGGGGCGCUCGGUGGGCCCAUGCAGCUGUGGCCUCCGGGAAGCUGUGGACGGCGUACGCUUCAUUGCGGACCAUAUUCGAAGUGAAGAUGAUGACCAGAGUGUGAGGGAGGACUGGAAAUAUGUUGCCAUGGUGAUCGACCGCCUGUUCCUCUGGAUCUUUGUCUUUGUCUGUGUCUUUGGGACCAUCGGCAUGUUCCUGCAGCCCCUCUUCCAGAACUACACUGCCACCACCUUCCUUCACCCUGACCACUCAGCUCCCAGCUCCAAGUGAGGUCUCUCAUUUGCAGCUCCUCAUCCCGUGACCCCUGGGGUUCAGUAGUAUUGGGUGGAAGAUGGAUUGAUCCCCACUCCACUGAAGCCUGCUUCACACCUCCAUUCGCACAGAGGCCUCCAGCCUGGAGGCUGGACCAGCUGCCUCAUGUUCAAGCAUUCUCCCUCCCCUCUGAGCUGAUUCAGGCAGUAGUGUUAACCGUGGGGGCCAAGGCUGGUAAGUAGAGGCCAGAGAUCUCAGAGCCACCUACCCUGAUAAGGGUGCUGGAGACGGGGCCAAGAAAGGGACAGUUAUCUAUGGCUUCCGAGUCAUGGGAGAAGAGAAGGUAGGGUGAGGAGUUCAGAUUCUGCAGCCAGGCUGGCAAUGGCGUCUCCUGAGAUAAAAAGUGCAGGGUAUGGCUAGUAAUUGGCACCCGCCCACUUAGGCGGACAACACUUGUCUGGGAAGACUUGCAGUUUUAGGGAGUUCUCUUGAGAGCUCCUACAAGUCUCCUGGGUUGCUUCAAUGCAAUCCCACAGCCUGUGCCUCAGAGGGCUCCAGAACCCAGCCCCAGCUUCUGCCAGUGCAGAAUUCUCUGUACCUCUAGAUUUUUCUCUUUCCUUUCUCACUUGGGAAAGGUGAGGUGUUGGGCGAACCUUUGAAGGUCAUGAGCUAGGUGAGAAGUCUAGGCUCACAGUCUCAGAAGAACAUUUACAGUGCUGGCCUUCAUUGGGAGCCAUGCUACAGAUUCAGAACAAGCCUAGAAGGUGGGUCCCUUCCUCCUUGCCCCAAGGCCACGGACUGCUUAAAGGACAUAAGUGACAGACAUCUGAACUGUGCCUCAGUGUCAGAUGAACUCAUGGGCAUCUCUGCUUGGUGACUGGAGAGACAGACCUCCUACUAGAACAGGAAAUUAAAGGUUGCCGGUGUAAGGCCCCUCUCCAACCCCCAUAAACUUCCAGACCCAGAGAAAGCACCCUGAAGUCAUAAGCAGCACCUGGCUAGGUACUGUCCCUCUGGAGGGUAGCACCAGUGUUGGUUUUCCAGCCUCUGUGAGACCCCACCAGCUACCACUAGGACCACCUUUGACUUUACUACCUCCUGUAACUGUCUGAUGUCCAAAUUAGUCACCAGCCAGGACUGGAAAGAUCAGUGAACAGUUUGUCCAGCUCCUUUCCGCAUCCUGUUGAACAUAUCAGGCAGACAGUGCUCAUCUUAGAACCUGCUCCCAGCAUUUACACUGUGGGAAUAAAGGUAGGCAGGGCUGUGCAGGGUGAAAGGGACCCUGGCGUGUGGAGGAUCAUGGGACAGUGCUGUUCUUGCCAUUUUUAGUGCAGCCUUUGGAGGAAGACUGCAGUGGGGGAGGGGUGGUAUGAGGCUAUCAUGUGUCAGGAUGGUUUGAACCCUAAAGGACAUUGGCAGGUUUUGGGGAAACUCAGUCCCUACCACUUUGGGGCCUUCUGUCUCUAUCCGUGCUUCCUCCUACAUGGAGCUGUCUCUAGAGAGAAUCAGGUACCUGAUUUGGUGAGCCUGGAUGGGAACCUGGGACAGGGUGGCAUGGGAGUGGCAGUGAUGAAAGGUGUUGGGGACUCGAAUCAGGGACUAAGCUCCAGUAACCUGGCAGCCGCCUUUGCCUAGGCAGAUGGCCCACAGGUCCCCUGCCUCUGUGGAGACCUGCAAGUCUGGAGCAGCUAGUGCCAAGGGUGUGGAAAGCUGAGAACAAACAGGACACAGGACCCUCCAGAAGGCUCAUCUUGGGGAAGAUUGAAGGGGAAGGGCAGGACUUUCUUGUAAGGAACAAGGACAACGGUGGACCGGCCACUGUGCCUAUGCUAUGGGACUCCGUCUCUCACAGCCCUGCAGGGAAGCUCUUGAGACCAGAGGCAGCAGCAGAGCAAGCAUGACUUCCCAUGGGACCUGUUUCUUGCCUGUCCCCAUGGCCUUUGGGAGACUUCCUAGGGAGGAAAGCAAAGCCCUUUAUAAAGAGCCUUCUCCGAAUUGUUCCCCAAGAAGAGUAACAGGUCUUCCUGUUAUCACCUUCUGCUUUCUGCUUCUAGGCAGAAGGGGCUGUUGAGCCCCACAUGCACUGACCAGCUUCCCACUCACCAACUGGUCAGAGCCAAGUGUCACUUUGUAGUAAUUACCCCAUCGUGUCUGAGAAGUCUGUCAGUGUGCUGGUCACUUGCUUUCCAAAGGACCUGAUCACUUUGGGAACUGGUAGGACACCUCACCCACCCACCUUCAGUGCACUGUCCUAGGCAUGCCCUUGUCUCCAUUCCUGGAAUAUUUUCCAUGGUCCACCCCACCCACAAACUUACUCCCCCAUAGCUGGACUUAUUUCUCUUAAAAUUGUUUCCAAAUAUGUUGAGUUACUUUGUUCUGUUUGGGGCAAGGGGACUAACCCUUCCGGAUCAGAUUGGCAGAUAUAGAAAGGGAGGAUGCUGGAAAAUCUCCACUCAAGAGAGGGGAAAGCAAAAGUCAGCAAGGGUGAAGGGCAGUGUGUACUGCCCAGCCAGUGGUAUCUGCUCCCUUUGUUAGAUGCAAAAGAAAUGGCCAGGCGGCUAGACCCAGAAGGGACCUCUGGGGAAAGACCCUCUAUAAGGAACCACCAGGGGUGGUGUGGGCUUGGGCUUCCUCUCCAGUCUGGGUUCUAAAAUAUCCAGGCUUCAGUCAGCUGGCAGACCCCUACUGCACAGGCUUGAUCUGUGCUCAGAUCCUGGGAUCAGAGUGAAUUUGUGGGUGAGCCUCUUGGGGCCUUCAUCUAGGCUUUAAGGAAACCAUCUAUCUUUAAAUUUGAGGGCCAGGGAUCAACUGAAUCCACUUGUACGUGAUGCCAAUUUAUCCUGAGCAACACUUCUAGCCCACAAAGCUGGAUACACCCUCAGAAACUGGAAUACUCCAUUCCUUGAAUUUGGACUCAGUGGCUGCUGGAGGACAGAGGCACUGAGACUUUAGGACAGCAGGAGCUGUCACCUUGAACUGCCUUUAAAACUGCUCAGCUCAGUUAAACAGGGAGUGAAUGAUACCACAUGAAGCCCUGGACUUAAUUAAGUGCUGUGCCCCAAAACAUGUCACUGGGUCUUCUGACCUCAGUUGACCCAUCUGUGUAAAGGAUUAUGAGAGAGUUGACACUCAGUGUCUUUGGGUGUUGUCACUGUUGAAAGGUCAAAGACAGGUCUUCCAGUUCUGAAGUAAGUUUACUAAGAGCUGGGUUUCCUUAAAAUUUAAGAGGGAGGCUUUCGAUGCCAUCCACAAAGUUAAAAGGUGCAUCUGACGUGUCAUGGUCCCAGCUGCAACUGCCCUUUCAAAGGGCACGUACAGGGCAGUAAAGGCCGAGGCUUGUGGGGAGAGCAACACCAGCAAGACUGGCAGGAGCAGAGAUUUCUGCUGUCUCCAAUGCUGUUUUCUCAUUUGGGGCUUUGAAAUCUACUAAGCCCCACAACCCCCAAACUAGGAACAAAAGAUGACAGAGUGGGCUCAGGUGGGAAACAUUUUGAAGCAGGGAAAGUGCUGAGGACAUAGCCGGGUCCCCAACUGGCUGGCACACCACACCGCCCGAACUACAGUCAGACUGUAGAAGCACUGGGGCCCUUGAAACUACUGUGGCCAGAGAUCCUGUCCCAGGUCCCUGUUCCCAAUCUCACCUCCCCCAAGAACCAAGAUAUAAAACUUUAUAACAGUC